ACAAGACGACACAAACAGAUCUGUGACCAGGCUACCCUUUUCUAUUGAGCACCUUUACAUUGUAUUUCCAAACCUAGUUUUGUGUAGGCUAGUGGACCGCCAAGGACUUAUCCCUCUUCAUGAUUAGCGCUACCUCAGCGAAAUGGAGACAAUGCGACUGAGAAGAGACAUGAAGGCCCUUCUGGGGGAUUACAUUGGUCAGAAACUGAGAGAGAAUGGCUUUGACCCCAAGGGGAAGGGAUCCACUACCAUGCUGGAUGACCUGGCUCAUUAUGACUUGGCCAUAAGUGUUGCGCUUUGGUGGCUGGAGAAAGGGGAAGGGCAUGAUGUGAUAGACAGAGACGUCGUUGGAGUGGGUAGCCCAGGGUAUAAUGGGCAGUACCCCAACCUUCUUGAAAGAGAAGCAAUGAUCCUCUCUUCCUUUGCUGGGAUGAUCCUGAAUAGCUUGCCUGUAGAAGACAUUCUAGCCCUCUACAGCACCAAACCAUCUGCCGCUUACCUCCACCAGCAUUCCAAGAGCACCAUCGUUCAUCCCUUUACCUUGUCCUACCACCCGUUUGCAAUGCUGAGCUCGUUCAAGGCCGUGGACCACUCCAGGAAGCAUACCCAGAAGUUGAAGUGGUGGCUGUCUGUGCAGGGUAAAGGAGGUGCUGCCCCUGCGGUACAGAGGGCCUUGGUGCAGUCCUCCUCCUCCUCCUCAUCCACAUCUAACACCUUCCUCAGUGUUAGUGGUGAGUCCUUAAAGGAACAAACAGAGCAUUAUGAAGGAUAACAAGAAUCUCUACAUGAUUAAGGAAAUUCCUAUCCUGCGUUAUUAUACUGUUAUUACAGGGUAUCAAUCCUCCAGUGUGUUAUCAUAUCACUAGUGGUUUCCUCUAAGUAUCAACCCUCCAGUGUGUCAUCAUAUCACUAGUGGUUUCCUCUAAGUAUCAACCCUCCAGUGUGUUAUCAUAUCACUAGUGGUUUCCUCUAAGUAUCAUCCCUCCAGUGUGUUAUCAUAUCACUAGUGGUUUCCUCUAAGUAUCAACCCUCCAGUGUGUUAUCAUAUCACUAGUGGUUUCCUCUAAGUAUCAACCCUCCAGUGUGUUAUCAUAUCACUAGUGGUUUCCUCUAAGUAUCAACCCUCCAGUGUGUCAUCAUAUCACUAGUGGUUUCCUCUAAGUAUCAACCCUCCAGUGUGUUAUCAUAUCACUAGUGGUUUCCUCUAAGUAUCAACCCUCCAGUGUGUUAUCAUAUCACUAGUGGUUUCCUCUAAGUAUCAACCCUCCAGUGUGUUAUCAUAUCACUAGUGGUUUCCUCUAAGUAUCAACCCUCCAGUGUGUCAUCAUAUCACUAGUGGUUUCCUCUAAGUAUCAACCCUCCAGUGUGUCAUCAUAUCACUAGUGGUUUCCUCUAAGUAUCAACCCUCCAGUGUGUCAUCAUAUCACUAGUGGUUUCCUCUAAGUAUCAACCCUCCAGUGUGUUAUCAUAUCACUAGUGGUUUCCUCUAAGUAUCAACCCUCCAGUGUGUUAUCAUAUCACUAGUGGUUUCCUCUAAGUAUCAACCCUCCAGUGUGUUAUCAUAUCACUAGUGGUUUCCUCUAAGUAUCAACCCUCCAGUGUGUUAUCAUAUCACUAGUGGUUUCCUCUAGGUAUCAACCCUCCAGUGUGUUAUCAUAUCACUAGUGGUUUCCUCUAUAUUUGGUUUUACCCAUCUGUAAGGAAUCAAAUGUUUCACUACACCAUAUACAUUACUGUACAAUUACUGUACACUCUCUGUAACAAAUAAACAUGUAUUGCCUAUGUGGAAAGCAGGCA